CACACACCAUGAAUCCGUGGGAAAGCAAAUGUGCAUGUUUUAUAUGUCGUACUGCUCCCUUUGCGAGUCAUCUUGAGAGUUGAUAUCCGUUUUGCUACAGUUCUACAGUCGUUCAUUUUUGCUCAUUCAUUGGUUUUCAUUGCAACGACAUGCGUUCUUUCUCGUCACUCGCUAUUGCCGCGCUUCUAAGCGCUUUCUCAGCCAAUGCUUCACCACUGGCUAUGGAGAAGAGGGUGGCUGUUACCGAUGAACUCAUCAGUGACAUGGGUUUGAUGAGCCAAUACGCUUCAGCAGCCUACUGCUCCGAUAACUACAAUUCACCUGGCGACAAGGUCAGCUGCGUGGACGGAAAGUGUCCACUGGUUCAAGCCGCAGAUUCAAAUACUGUAGCCGAAUACAACGAAGACGACAAAUCAACAGAUGUAACAGGUUACAUCGCCGCAGACCAUACCAACAAACUCAUCAUCGUAUCCUUCCGUGGCAGCAAGACUCCAGAAAACUGGCUAACGAACUUCGAUCUCGGCAUGACCAAAACCGACAUCUGCACUUCCUGCUCCGCCCACCGCGGUUUCUGGCGAUCCUGGCUCGACGCCCGCGACCGCGUCCUACCAGCCGUAUCGCAAGCCGUCACCGCAAACCCUUCUUACGAGAUCCGCGUAACGGGCCACUCCCUCGGCGGCGCCAUCGCCACGCUCGCCGCAGCCAGCAUGCGCAAUGCAGGCCGCACAGUAGCACUAUACACCUACGGCUCACCGCGCGUCGGCGGAAGCAAGAUAAGCGACUACAUCACCAAGCAAGCCGGCGGUAACUACCGCAUCACGCACUGGAACGACCCCGUGCCCAAACUCCCGCUGUUGACAAUGGGAUACGUACAUACGAGCCCGGAGUACUACAUCAACAAGCCCAACGGCAAGGAUGUAGCUGCAGCCGAUGUCCAAGUGUACGAGGGAGCGGUUAGCUUUCGCGGAAAUAUGAAAUGGUUUCUUGUGGAUGUCGAUGCGCAUAUGUGGUAUUUCACCAACGUGAAGAUGUGCGAUGCGAAGAAGAUGAAGAGGGGGGAGUUGGAUAUCACGGGGGUAAAGGGGGGUAAGAUGGAAGUUAUGACGCUUUUCUAAGGAAGAUAGGGAUGAGAUGCAUGGGGAUUAGUUUGCUAUGUAGUGGUAAUGAUGUGUAUAAUAAACCAAACAAUGGGAAAUCGUGAGCGUAAAGAGAUCGUUAGGGGGGGUAUCAUUAAGAACGCCGAAUGAAACACCGAAUGAAAAAAGAAAUGGAAGAGGUUGUUCAGCAUUCUAGA